CCUUCUCCGUCAGCUCUCUCCUUCCCCCCGGCUCUCUCUUCUUCCUCUCAUCUCUCUGCAAUCAUUAAGCAGGCAAAAACCACAGAGCUCAAUAGCUCUCUCUCUGCGAACUUUGGUUUCUGAAUGGGGAACGUAUAUAUAGAUCAUCAGCUAAUGGGGAGCUUGGCAUCCAUGGGGUCGUCGUUAUACUACGCGGGAUGCGAAGAUCACCUCUACGAGCCCCACUUCCUCCAGUCGUGCGCCCUCUGCAGUAAGCCUCUCGGCUUCAACUCCGACAUCUUCAUGUACCGGGGAAACACGCCGUUCUGCAGCAAAGAGUGCCGGCAGGAGCAGAUAGAGAUGGACGAGGCCAAGGAGAGGACCAAGUGGAUGAAGAGCGGCAACAGCAGCAGCACCGCCAAGAAGAUGACGUCGACAUCGUCCUCUUCCUCCUCCUCUCCGCCUUCUUCCUCUUCGAGGAAAUCGGACACAGUCGCAGGGGCCUGACAAGCGGUCGGAACAUUUGCGUCGGUCGGUUAAUUGGUUUUGGACUCCUCGCGGCCUUUCUCUCCGUAAUAAUCACGAGGAAGGGUUGCAAAGGAAGUUUCUAGUGUCCUAUCUGUAAAGGAGAUCAAUGGACAGGAAGACGAGUGAUUGCCUCACGAACAAAAUUUUGUUCUUUUUUUUUCCCUGUUUAUUUUUUCGAUGAGACCACAAGGUGUCUCAGCUAUUGAUUGAAAGUAAAUCCGAUCCCGGCAACGGGUUGGUUUCUGUUCGUUUUUCCUCUCUUUUUUUUUUUCCCCUCCCCUCUCCUCUCCCAGGAGCUGAGCUGAUGACCGAAAUGAGAAAAGCUCAUAAGAUGGAGCAUUCAUGGUAUAUAUGGCAUGUGGUGUAAUUCUUGCUAAAUAAUAAUUACCCAUUUCAUCUGC